AUGUCUUCAUGUUCCGUACCUAUUCGUCGUAAAAAUACAGUUGUCGAAAAAGUAUUGAUGUGUAACUAUGAUCUAUCUGAUAAUUAUGAUGUUAUUAUUAGAUUUCAUUCAGCAAAAAUUUUAUCAAGAAAUGUUCUAGGUGGACAUCCUGAUCCAUAUUUUAUAGCGAACAUUGAUCAUGUAAUUUCAUUUAAAUCAAUUGCUUUGUCCAAGACUUUAGAACCUUCAUGGUAUGAUGCAGAAUGGAUUGUUCGAAAUAUUUCUCGUCAUGCUGAACUGAUUGUUACACUCUAUGAUAAAUAUGAUAGAAAACUUUCUGAUGAUUUUAUCGGACAAUUUAUAAUUCGUGAUCUUAUUAAUUAUAUUCCUUCCACGAAAGGUCAUGACAUAAUUAAUGCAUCUAAUCAAUACAAUGGUUGCUUUCAUUUAUCUAUUCAAUCAAUGAAAUCAUCUGAAGAAACGAAACAACUUCCUCGAUAUACCUUGGAUAGUUCUUGUCGAUAUUUUUGUCAUAAUUCGAUGACUAUGGGCCGUUUGACAAAGAUCAAUAUUGAUCAUACUUAUCCAACAUGGAAAAUACAAAUGAGAAGAAUUUCAUUUUUUUUUCUACCUAAUCAACGUCAAUAUUGGAAUAAACAAUAUAAAUCAGCAAGAGCCAUAUUUGGCAAUUAUCCAUUUUCAUCAACAUCACGAAAGUCUAUCAAAUUAGCACAUAAAGCACUUUAUGAAAAAACAUCUAGAUAUAAUGAAAAUGGUUCAUUGAAUAGUAGUGAUGAUCUUUGGAAAUUUGUCUUUACAAAUAGAAUUACAAAAAUAAUAAAACCAUGUAUUUAUACAUAUGUAAUUGACAAUUAUUCAUGGAAAUUUAGUGAAACUGGUAUUGGACUUUUUACUGAUUUUGUCAGUAAACAUGCUUUAUUAGCAAAUUGUUCAGAAUAUGUUUGUUAUGCAGGUGAAUUUCAUCCUCGACCUAAAUAUGGAUGGGAUAAAUGGGAUGAUGAAUGGGAAUUAGUUUUUGAUAAUAAUUCACGUACUUACGCACCAGAUGCAAAUUUAUUAAUAAAUUUAAAACAAUUAUUAGUAUUUAAUUUUCCUGGAUUAAAUAUUGUAACAUAUGAUUGUGAAGAUCCAAAACUACAAGACAGUAAAGAAGCAUUGACAUUAGCUGCUCAAAAAUAUCAAAAUAGUUUGGUGACAAGUCAAUAA